AGUAAUUUUUAACCGUGAACUAUCAAGGACUAUAGUAUGGCGCACUCAUGUUCGUUGUUCGUUAACAUGUUCGUUGUCAUGUUCGUUGUCACUUCCUGUUUACAGUAGUCUACUAUACACUUGCAAGUUGUCACUUUAUGCGUUAUUUUUUCUUCUCUCAACAACCGUUCUCCGAUUCGAAUUUGACUGUCGGGAGGGCGGAGUUCAACUCAGUAAAACCCUCCAUAUUAUAAUCUUGAGUGUCAGACAGCACCUUUACCUUUGGGACAAACAUCGACGGAGACCUUGUGCCUGACUGUUCACUCUACUGGUAACUCGAGAGAGACUGGUGUCGUAUUCAUAUUGCGUUACCAACCGGAACUGUUUUAUGUUCAAAUAACGUUUUUGGACUAUUUACAUCCAAACUAUUCAGGUGUGUGAGACCUGAGACCUGAGAUGGGCCUCCCCUCGUUACUGUGCCUGUGUGUGCUGGUGACCCUGUGUGGCCACCGGGGGGUGCUCUCCCAGGCCCCCUCCUAUGGCGAACGGGGCUCCGACCUGGGGCUCCAGGUAUUCCUGCAGGUGGCCCGCUCCAGACCCCAGGAGAACGUGGUGCUUUCCCCCCACGGCGUGGCCUCCAUCCUGGGCAUGCUGCUGCCAGGCACCCAUGGAGAGACCCGCAGGCAGCUCCUCACAGCACUCCGUUACAAGAAGAAUGGCCCUUAUAAGAUGUUAAGGAAGCUCCACAAGACGCUGACAGCCAAGUCCAACCAGGACAUCGUGACUAUCGCCAACGCUAUGUUCUCCCAGCAGGGCUUCCCUAUGGAGGAGGCCUUCAUGUCUUCCAGCAGGGCCAACUUCCAGUGUGAGAGCCGGACCUUGGACUUCACUGACACCCAGGUGGCUGCAGCCACCAUCAAUGACUGGGUCAACAACCAGACCAAAGGCCACAUCCCCACUCUGGUCAAGGCAGACAUGUUGGACGGCGCUCUGACCCGCCUGGUGGCCGUCAACGCCAUCUACUUUAAAGGCCUGUGGAAGUCCCGCUUUCAGCUGGAGAACACCAAGAUAAGAACCUUCAACGCGGGAGACGGCAAUGCAUACAAGGUCCCUAUGAUGUCCCAGCUGUCGGUCUUCAACAUUGGUCUGGCCAGCACACCCCAGGGGCUGAAUUAUAAGGUCAUUGAGCUACCGUAUCACGGCAACAGCAUAAGCAUGCUGAUCGCCCUGCCAUCGGAGGAGGACACGCCCCUAGUUGAUGUCAUUGCUCACAUCAGCACAGCCACGAUACAGAGCUGGACCAAGCUGUUGCACCAGAGGAAGGUUCGCCUGCUGCUGCCCAAGUUUACUGCUGAAGCCGAAGUGGACCUGCGAGCCUCCCUCUCAGCCCUGGGGAUAACAGACAUAUUUGAUGAGGGCAAAGCCGACUUCAGACACCUCAGUACAGAGCCUGUGUAUGUAUCUAAAGCGCUACAGAAAGCUAAGAUAGAAGUCAAUGAGGAUGGAACCAAAGCAGCUGCUGCCACGACUGCCAUCUUAAUGGCCAGGUCUUCUCCACCUUGGGUCAUCGUAGACCGACCCUUCCUCUUCCUCAUCCGGCACAACCCAACAGGUACGAUCCUCUUCAUGGGCCAGGUAAAUCAGCCUUGAGCUUUUUCUGCCUGCAGAUGUCCCUUUCCCUGGAAUGUGCCUUCCGAGCUUCAGAAUAAUACAUUAAUAUACACAGCACACACUUCCUUGCUCACAUCAAACACACACAAACACACUCAGACUUGUAUUUUUGCCAUCUGGAGAUUUGUGUACAAUAUGGACAUAUUAUGAUGCUAUUUGUUUUAAAUGUUUGCAUUUGAUUUGACUUUUUCUAUGAUCCAUAAUAUAGUGUUCUGCCAAUGAGACAUUUCCGUAGUGUUUUAAUUAUCCUUUGUAUACUUUCUAGAGUACUUGCUACUUCUUUUUUUUUAUAUGACCCUGAAUGUCAAACGUGUAUAUUAUAUGAGGUACAUUUCAGUUUGAAUUAAUGUUAUUGGUGGUUUUACAUGUUCAGUUUCAGAUUAGAAAGUUACACUCCAAGUCACUGAAUUCAUUUAGCCACUCAAACCCAUGUUUUGAUAUGUCAAUCAUCUGCAUUAAACUCUGUUUGAGUACUCUU